CAGACAUGUCGCUUCCAUAUACCACGCGGUCAAGCACACCCUUCUGCUUCACCUUCUGGAAGACCCAGUCAAGAUGGCUGCCGCAUUGAUCGAACUUACAGCUCCCAAAUGCUGAAAUCUCGAGCAGCACAUUGGGGUAUCUCUCCGCCAUCUCGAUGACCUCUGGAAGUCUGUCAUCGCCUUCAUCGUUGAAGUCGAAGCCCAUGUGGCCGAGGAUAAAGGUGACAUUCUGGUACCGCUGGAUUGCUGGCUCCAGAAACACGAUGUGCCAGGGGGAGAGAGCAAGCGCCAGAAGUCGCGAGGGCAGUGGCAACGCGAAAAAGUCACUUUACGCAGCAGCGCACUUGCACGAGCUGACUUGUGGGUACGACAGACACGAUCACGAUAGUUGCGGGCACGCAACGAUUCAACUCGUGUGCGAGCGGCAUCAUGUAUUGACCCAGAUGGUAGCGCAUGAAUAUAAGCACGGUAUGCCUGGGACGCGCGCGAGAUUGCACGAUUGACCUCGGGGGAGCGAAGACAUUUAGACACGCCAAAAUGGCGGCCUUUGCCUUCUAGCUGGUUGAGGAGAGUGCGUGCGGCCCUUGCCUGACAGUCUAUAAGACGACCGUGCCGAUGUUAGAGACGAGUCAGUGAGUCAAGCAGCGCUUGCGCGCAGGAUGCCGCUCGAAGAGCAUCCCCUCGCUGACAUGCAUCACAAUGUGCAGACCGUAGAUGAAGAUGAGUAGGGCUGUUGCCAAUGAUGCACGAAUAGCACCGACAGCCUGCGCACUCCACACAUACCGCACCCUGCCCUGCCUUGACGAGGCUCCCUGCACCCGACUACGAAGGCUAGUCAAAGAUGGAGGCACCACAACAGGCAUGAUAGCCCAUGACAGGCAUCGGUGCGGUGUAUGAAAUGCAUGAUCGUCUACAGAAAAAUGACUGGCACGAAGGAAAAUCUGUUGCGAGGCAGCCACAUAGUCAAUGACGCUAUGCUUCCUCCCUUGAGUACACGUAGGCUGAGCCGUACUCGUAGCAAGACAGGAGCCUAUCUGGCGACCAUUAAAGAGCAGAAGGCAUGAUGCCUUGCACAGAGCGAGCAGCCAGACGCCAAUCGAGUUACGUGGGUGAGAGCAAUCGCUGACCCGCGUCGGUGGAUUAAGUAAAAGGGGGUGCAGUAUUGUCGAAUCUAUGCCAAUAUCUGCAUAAUCCGACGGCGGCAAAGUAUCAGGGUCAGUCGCCGUCUUGGCGUUAAAAUCACCACACAAAAGCACAUAACCAUCCUCAGCCAAUUGCUCACAUAACAGGGUAAAAGCACUCCACCACUCACCACCCUGGCCGUCGUCAUCGGGGCGCAUGAAAGGAGGCACGUAGCAGGCAAGCAGGAACACUGGGCGAUCCAGACCGAACAACUGCUGGUCUGCCCUCAGUAUGACUACAUUACGAAGUGGCGCAUCUCUACGUGUGAGCAGGUGAGUGACACGCAUACUCGUGUACCAUGCAACCCCGCCCGACUUCACUUGUUUAUUCUCCGAACCACUAUACAACAGGGCACGCGGCGAAGACCAGCAAGUAUAGCCAUUGAGAGCUACAGGCGGGUCGUCCUCGUCCUGCUUCGUCUCAAUAAAGGCGAGAAACUCAUAACGAAUGCGUUUGCAACCAUCCCACAUACACAAAUCAUCCAACAAAUCACCAUAUGCACGAAACUUCACCGCUAAGUCCUGGAUAUUCAAACACAAAAACGUGAAGGCCGGCGGCGAAGAGCUGGCCGGCAUCAUGGCGAUCGACGCAACGCAUCCAUGCAUGGAUGGGCGGGGCCGACGGCUGGGGCGGCCGCGUCCCGUGCCAGAUGAGCGUUGCGCGCCUGCUGGCCCGCCCCUAGUGGGCACCGCCUGUCUAUGGAUGGGUCUGCCUCUCGCCCGCCCCCUGCCCCUGCCUUUUCCUUGCCCCCCGCGUGCUGCUAGCCAAUCGCCCACAUCCAAAAAUACACGGGCACACCACUUGCCCAUCCCCCGCCCACAACACAACACCGCACGCAACAUACAUGGAUCAUACACCCCGCCCACAUGCAAUGAACCAUGAAUUGUACCUGUACGGUGAGCUGAUCGUGCCUCCAGCACGCAUGAGAAGAGCGACCCAGGCUGCAUGCCUCCCCCCUCAUCGGAGGAGACGCGAGGCAUGCCGCCUGGUGCCCCCAUGCUCUGGAGAUGCAACGAGUCAGUCAUACUUGUGCCCUUCUCCCAUCCUACGUACGCAUGAAACACACCCAUCCCCGUCCCCUUCGCCUGCCUGCCCUUCCCAUCCCAGCACGCACCAUGCACACGGAACGCUGCACCCACCCACAACGUAGCUACCCAGACUCCUCCCACACACAGCAAGGGUAAGACAAGUGACGCCUCCUCACCUACUAGCAUGGACACAAGCUGGACGCGGACGGCCGUCUGGUGAAGCUGCCAGAAAGGCAGCCACCAGAGACGGGAGCAGUGAGUGAGCCAGCAAAUAGUACAUACUCGAUGCGAGUCACUGGGUGGGCGCCAUCGCUGCCAUCUGCGAGUGGGUGGGUGUGGCGGAAGGGAAUAGAGGGGGUAAAAACGACGCGGGCAGUAGAGCAGGUACAGGCACGCGUGCAUAAUGACGAACAGCACGGCAGAGAAGAGAGUGAAUAAGAAGUAUACGAAAAACAGCAGCAUGGCGGCCUGUGGUGGAAAAAGGAGGGGUAUAGGCAGCCACAAUACAAGGCUGCGAGUAAGCGGCCACCACGGAAAACUCGCCGAGGAACACAGCAACCAGCAAGAGCCUGAUGCGACAUAUGCAAACCAAGAGCGCACGGAAACAACAGGGCGGAAGGGGGAGUGUUGUGUAUGACCUAGCUUAAGCGUCGUGAGACAAGCAGCGAGUGAAAAGAAUCCCAUCCAGCCAAUAAUGCAAUAUAGCCACCAGGCGAAAACGACCAUUCCCAGCUGCUGACAAUGACGAACACCACAAUGAGACCAAUGGAUGGAGAUCUUGCGUGCGCCCAGCCCCUCUUGCUCUCUCUUCCCCUUAUCCUUAGUGUUGGGCACGAAAAUACGGGACGUCGGGGGGAUUGAGGUGGCUCCACGUUCGCAUGACGCCCGGUUUGUGGGGUGGGUGGUGGCCCUGCAGGCUGGUAGCUGUCCGCAUGGAGGCCAGCGAGCGGCUGCUGGUGGAGCGGGAGAAGAUCUCGCCCUCGCGGUCCAGCUCGUCCUGUUGCUCCUCCGUGAUCGGCGCCAACAUGGGGUGGGAUGCGUUGGCGGAUUGCGGGGCCGGGGAUGCGUGGGAGGGGAAGAGCUGUGGAUGUGGUGCAUAGUGGCCGGGCUGCGGGGCAGGGGGUGCGCACGAGGAGAGGGGCUGGACGUGCGGUACGCACGGCACCGGUGCUGGCGCAGGUGCCAUGUACGCUCCCGAUGGCAUGGAUGCGGACGCCGGUGACGUGGCGGGCAUGGGCGGCGCCCAAGGCAG